AUUUGUGAAUCUUUUCGUCGCCAUUACUACGUUCUACAACGAUUUGCGGAUAAAAUUAAGUUUUAUUUAUUUUAAAGUCUUUAAUCACUUAAAAAAUGUCAAAAGCACAUCCCCCAGAGUUAAAAAAAUAUAUGGACAAAAGAAUGUUGCUAAAAUUGAAUGGAGGCCGGUCUGUUGCUGGAAUUCUGCGUGGUUUCGAUCCCUUCAUGAAUGUAGUGCUCGACGAAACGGUAGAAGAGUGCAAGGAUAGUACGCGAAAUAACAUUGGCAUGGUGGUAAUUAGAGGCAACAGCAUUGUCAUGGUAGAAGCGCUUGAUCGAGUAUAGUACGAUGAUAAAAGCUUAGCCAUUCCCCAUCUUAAUUUAUGUUUAUAACAAAUAAAAGUGAAUUUAAAUAUCUGGAAAA